AUGUUUGGGGCAUCGCCAGAUGAGCAGAACAACAACAAUAACAAGGGGGGCUUGGCGGCAGCGGCGACCACAAAAUACCCCAACUAUUUGGCGGACCGAGAGGUAUUUAAGCGCUUCUUCGAGGAGUUCCGUGAUCCAUCUGGUACGUUGAAGUAUGUGAAAAUGCUGGACCAGAUAGCGCGUAGACAGUUAAAGGUUUUUACAUUGCAACUGGACGAUGUAUCCCAUUACGGUCAGUUAUACGUUGCACAGCGGAUACAGAUGAACGCCAUGGGAUACUGUGAAGAGGUGUGCCGCGUCAUAGAUGAACUCAUGCCUCAGACAGAUGUUGUGGAGGACAUGAUUGAUUACCUUAUUCUUGAAGCACGAGCUGCUAAUCAAUCUUUGCCAUUCUUGCUGACACGACGAUAUGAACUAGUCCUUGUGCCUUUGAACGCGUACUUGGAUCCGAUUCCUCUUCGACAGUUAAAGGGUGGAUCGAUUGGCACACUUACCGUUCUGCGUGGAAUUUGCAUUGCUGCCACUGCUGUUCGUCCAAAGUUAACGAUGCUGGUUUCCGUUUGCGAGGUAUGUGCUGAGACGACAUUUCAGCAGGUGAUUGGGGAUCGCCUCACCCCGCUGAUGGUGUGCCAGUCACAGCGCUGCAAGCUAAACAACACAGUAGGCCGUCUGCUUCCGCAGUACAAGGCUAGUAAGUUCAGCAAGUACCAGGAGCUUCGUCUCCAGGAACUUCCACAGGAUGUCCCUCGCGGCGCAAUUCCGCGUACCAUCCGUGUUGUAUGCGAGGGUGAGCAGACAAGGAUUGCUACCCCGGGCCAAGUGGUGCGCGUCACUGGCACGUACUGCCCUGACCCGUCGACUGGACAGGGUCAUGAGGCAUUUCGAGCUUCCACGAUGGUGAAAACUCUUUUCCGCGCGUUACAUGUCGAACUGGAGAAGCGCAGCUAUCAGGAGGCUGCGGAGGACCUCAAGGCACAGGUAAGCCAGGUGCGGGAUUACCCAGAUAAAGAGGCCGUUAUUGAGAAACUGACACGCAGUGUGGCGCCUGAGAUUUGGGGAAUGGAGGAUGUAAAAAAGGCACUGCUGUGUUUGCUGGUCGGUGGUAGCGCAAUUGCCAACGGAAUUCGUAUUCGAAGUGACAUUAACAUCUGUUUAAUGGGAGAUCCGGGAGUGGCGAAGAGUCAGUUGCUGAAGUGGAUUGCCUCUGUGGCGCCACGUUCCGUUUUUACGACAGGAAAGGGUAGUUCUGGUGUAGGUUUGACAGCAGCGGUGACGAGAGACACGCACACCGGAGAGGUAAUGCUGGAAGGUGGUGCAUUGGUUCUCUCUGAUAAGGGAAUUUGCUGCAUUGAUGAAUUUGACAAGAUGGAUGAUGCAGACAGGACAGCAUUACAUGAGGUGAUGGAACAGCAACUAGUAUCCAUCGCGAAGGCUGGUAUUAUCACCUCAUUGAAUGCCCGUACAUCCAUUCUGGCGGCUUCUAACCCAAAAUACGGUCGAUGGCGGCGCAACUUGACCCCGAGUGAGAAUGUAAACUUGCCACCCGCAUUGCUUUCCCGUUUUGACAUUUUGUGGCUUCUACUUGACGAGUCUAACCGUGAGCGGGAUGCAGAGUUAUCUAUGCAUGUCACGUACGUGCAUCUCCACGGUGUGGCGCCUGGAAAUAUGUCCGAUAACGGUCUCUACGGCUCUUCCUCCGAAUACUUUGGGAAGGACUUUCUGCGCGCGUACGUUGGGGAAGUGAAGCGAAUUCAUCCGUUUGUUGACAGCACUGCGGCGAAAGCAAUUAGUGACAUUUACUGCGAGAUGCGGGCGCAGAGCGUGCGCCAUACCAACGUGGUAACUGCACGUACACUGCUUAGUAUUAUUCGACUCUCACAGGCUUGCGCUCGUCUUCGUUUUUCGGAGCGUGUCAUGGAGUCUGAUGUUCGUGAGGCGGGUCGUCUGUUGGAUUGCAGCAAGAUUUCCCUGCAAGAACGCACAGACUCGGGCGGGCGACGCACUGUCACAACAUCGGACGCCGCUAUCUUCUCCACCAUUAAGGAGUUGGCCCGCUCCAGGGCCACUAUUGAUCUGGCAGAGGUGCGACCGGCUCUCAUGAUUAAGGGCAUUGACGAGUCACACUUGCAGCGGUGCCUGCAUACCUACGCAGAGGUCGGUGUGUGGGAAGUGAACGGGAACAUCAUUGAGUUUUCACCAGAGUGA